AUGUGGAAAUUUAGGCCUCCAUGGCCGUCGUUCACGCAAAUGUUUGUCUUUUUAAUCGUACUUUUGCAAAUUUUCGCGAUAACAAGUCAAAUUUCGCCACGUGGAUUAACGAUCGCCAACGAAAAUCGCGAUGAUUCGUCAAGAUUAGUGUCAGCCAUCGAGAAAAGUGAAGAAAAUGUACAAAUGCCAUCCAUUAGCAACGACGAUACACACAUUAGAGAUCACAAUCAUCAUCAUCAUAAACAUCGCAGCAGUCACAGCGACAAAGAUAAACGACGCAAACAUAAAAAAGUGCAUGAAAUAAAUCAUAAAUCAAGUAUUAAUAGUCAUAAAAGUAGCAAACCAAAGAGAAUAAAAAGUGCAAAUACUCACAAAGUUGAGCUCAUCCACGAAAUUGAGGAUGAAAGUGAGUUUGAAUAUCCGAACGGCACCCUGCCGAACGUCAUUCGACGCAAGAAAGACGGUUAUUUCGUGCAACAACCGAACGGCGUUGUCGUAUAUCGUCGUUACAAGUGCGUUCCCAAGUCCAGCAACAGCAAUCAUCAGAGUUUGACGCGACCAAGUACGACAUAUUCUAGUCAUAAUUUGCCGUCGUACGGGAAUCAGCGAUGGAGACAAUUGGGAUGCAACUGCCACAUUCACGGGUCGCUCGAUCGUGUGUGCGAUCAUGCCACGGGCCAAUGCAAGUGUCGUGCCCACGUAACGGGUCGUCGUUGCGACAAAUGCGCCAAAGGAUUCUGGAACAUUGAUUCGCACAACGGAUGCGUUCCGUGCGUUUGCAAUGCUCAAGGCGCCUCCGACGACAGUUGCGACAUGUAUUCCGGCCAAUGUCACUGCAAAGAAGGUGUAACGGGACUGGCAUGCGAUCACUGCGAAACCGGCUAUUGGGGAUUUUCGCGCAACGGUUGCAAGGCAUGCGAUGUUUGUGAUUCGCCAUCGAAGGUGUGUGAUCCCGAUACGGGACGUUGUAUUUGUCCGCCGCUCAGUACGGGAUCCGAGUGUCAAACGUGCGUCGCAAAUUCGUAUGGCUGGGAGUUCCAAAAGGGAUGUCGGUAUUGUCAGUGCGAUCGCGUUGGAGCCAUUGGACAACUUUGUCACAACGUUACGGGGCAAUGUGAGUGUCGCGAGGGUUAUGCAGGCGCCAAAUGCAAUACUUGCGCUCCUGGUUACUACAAUUAUCCGGAAUGUACGAGAUGCGGAUGCGAUCCUCGGGGGUCUUUGGAUGAGAAUGGCGGCGAUGUUAUUGAAUGCGAUGACCGCGGGCAAUGUCCAUGCAAGGAACUCGUUACCGGAUUGAAGUGUAAUCGAUGUCGUCAUGCAACGUUCGGUUUGAAUGCCUUCAAUCCGAGUGGUUGUUCACGUUGCUUCUGUUUCGGUCGCAGCCAAGAUUGUCACGAAAGCUCUUUGUCAUGGGGUCAAUUGCGGUUCCAUGGAUCGCGAAAUUUGAGUGUGGAGUAUAUGGUGUCAUACGAUUCGCCUGAACAAGAGCAAGAUCACGGAUAUGUCGUCGUUAUUCAACUGGAAGGCUCGCAACCGAAUCACGGAGACGCCGAAAUAAAGCACAAAAAUGGAUUAAACUUGAUUCCGAGCUCAACGGGCAACGUCUCGAUUGGAUCGUACAAACAAUUUUCGGAGCCUUUUUACUUCCAGCUCCCGAAACAAUUUUUGGGCGACCAAACUAAGAGUUACGGAGGCAUGUUGAACUUUAGCAUUCACUCGAGUGGCGGCAAAAAUUACUUGUCUUACGAGAUUUUGCGAAAAUAUCCAUUAAUUCAGAUCCAUUCGCAUCACGACUUCAUCCUGAACUACUUUGGACCGGAAAUUCUCGAGACAAGUGAGAACGUCACUUACGGAAUUCGCUUUCACGAGCACUACUGGAAGUAUCAUUUUGACGGAAAAGCUGUUAGUCGAGCCAUUUUCAUGACGGCUUUGGAAAAUAUCAAACAUAUUUUCCUCAGGGCGACCACUUCUGUUGAUUUUACUCAAGUUGUGAUUUCCGACAUUUCGUUAGACACUGCAAUUCCCAUCAAUGGAAGCACCACAAAUCUCGCAACUUCCGUCGAAGUUUGUAAAUGCGACUUGCAAUACGACGAUUUGUCGUGUCAGGCACCUGCAAACGGUUUUUAUCGUUGGCGCAAGCAAAACAGCAGCGAAUUACUCGAAGAUCUCGUCGGUUACGUGCUCCCAUGCUCCUGUAAUGGCCGUAGUGAGAGUUGUGACAAGGAAACCGGCCAUUGUACAAACUGUCGCGAGAACACCGGAGGCAUCAAUUGCGAAACUUGCGCCGAAGGGUAUUACGGAAGUCCGCAAUACGGCACGUGCGAGGCUUGUCCGUGUCCAGAAACGCGCAAAAAUUUCGCCAAAGGAUGUAUUGUGGCGCGAAAUGAUGUUCGUUGCAUCUGUAAGGAAGGUUAUACGGGCAGAUUAUGCGAAAAUUGUGCAACCGGGUACUACGGAAACCCCAAAGACGACAAUGGAUCAUGUGUGGAAUGCAAUUGCGACCCGGAUGGCAUCGUGUCGAACGAAUGUGACGAAGAAACGGGUCAAUGUAACUGCAAACCGGGCAUCACGGGACGACGAUGUGACAAAUGUGAGCUGCCACGACAUUAUUUGGAAGGCGGAAAGUGUCGAUUAUGUGACGAAUGCUCUCAAACCCUCAUGGACACCGUAGACGAGCUAAUUUUCGAUUUCGAGCUCAAGACUGAACAUUUAGACCUUCAUGGCAUACCAGCUCCGUGGAUAGCGCUCAAUGGCAUCAUCAACGAAACGGAAUAUUUGACCAAGAAAUUUAAUGAAUUCGAUACUGCCAAGUACGAAAUCGAACAUUUCGAUGAAAAACCCGUUGAAAAGCUCCAAUCAAAAGCCAUGAACCUCCAUACAAAAGCAGAAAAGGUCGCUUCAAAGUCAGAAAAAGCCGCUCACAAGGCUCAAAAACUACAAGAAGCCACUGAAACGCUCUUGCGAGACAUGCAAAAUAUCACGGAACAAUCGAACGAAGUCAUCAAACAACUCAACGAAUACGGAACUCACGAUCAUCACAUCCAACUACCGCUUGCUCUGAAGGAAGCUAACAUGACUUUGCAGGAAAUCAAGUACCAAUAUGACUCCGUGACACCCAUUAACUCAUCCGCCUUUGCCUGUGCCGACAAAUAUCACAACAUGUGGAUGAACAUUUCGUCGAAUGUUCAAAGCCAACAUGACAAAAUCACGGAAUUUAAGAAAAAAAUGCACAAUUUAGCCGAACGCAUUGACGACAUGAAACGAAUUUCUCUGGAAAUUCUCGAUAUGGAUGCGCAAAUCAAAGCUGACAACGAAAAUAUCGAAAAAUUGAGUCGUGCCUUGAACGACAAGUACAACGAGAUUGAAGAUAUGAAGUCGGAUAUCAAGGAAAUUUUUAGCGAUACCUUAAACGCCGAUUCUGACGUCUUUUUGGAACUUUUCAAGCAAAACCUGCAAAAAGUGGAUCAGGAUGUGCAACUUAUCACCGCGCUACGGGCCGAAAUCGAAGAUAUUUUGGAUGAAAAUGACGAUUUAUUGCGUGACGCGAAGACUUUUGACUUGCCACGCGCCAAAGAUCACGCCGAAGUGCUACAUCGACGAGCGAAUGACUACGAAGCCUUAUUUGCUGACACUCGAGCACGUGCCUCGGAUGCCAUGAGUGCCAUUCAAGCAUAUGACAACAUCACCCAUUCGAUUGAGGCGGCAAAAAUCGCUGCGAAAGAAGCUCACAUGGCUGCCGAAGUCGCAAAUCGUGAAAUUUACCCCGAAAAUGGAAUGUCAAUCAUCGAAAGAAGCUUGCAAGCGUUACAUGAUUCGUCGAAAAUUAAAAAUGAGAUAAUUCAAGAGACAGAACGGCUUGCGGAACUGCGUGAAAAACUUGAAAUUCAUCAAAAACUCGUGGCAGACGUGAAUAGCACGAUUUGGCAUUGCGCGGUAAAAGAUGCGAAAAUCACAGCAGCUCAAAAUGCGUACGAUACGAACCGGGUUUCGAUCAAGGAGAUCAAAAACACGAUAGAAGUGUCGAGUAAAAUCUCGGAUGAGAUGCGAGAAGUGCAUCGGCAUGCCAUGGACAUCAAUAGCGAAGUGUACAAACUGAAAAAUAAGCUAAAAACGCUCGAUCCGGAGUGGGAUGUCAAAUUCGGGGGCGCCGAAGAGAACUUGACAACCGUUCAAAGUAACAUUCGGGUCGCAAAUCAAACCAUCGAGAACAUUGAUUUCAAAUUCCGCGAACAAAAUGAGAAAUUUAUGGAGUGGCGAAAGAAUUUCCUCGCCAAAACGCAAGAACUCAAGGACAAAAUCGCACUUGCGAGACAUGCCGCCGAAGGAAUUCACAUUUCCGUAAAGUCCGCGCAGCAAAGUUGCAAACGCUCUUACGUGCCACGUGCCUCGGGACCUACCACAUCAACGCAUAUCCUCAUGACAUUCGCUCUCAAGUCAAACAACAAUCCAAGUGCGCCGUUGUUGUUCAUCAAAGGCGAAGACACGCAAUUCUUGGCGCUCGAAAUGGUGAACAAAAAAGUCCGUUUCGUGUGGAAUUUGGGCGGAAAAGUGCAAGAAAUCACGCAUCCGAUGACGUUGGAGGCGAAUGACUUCAAACUCGACGAGGCAUGGUACCAAAUUGAGGUGAAUCGAACGCUGAGUUUGGGUACGUUGGUCGUUAAACGCAUGAACGAGUUCGGAAAAUACGCAAAUGGGAGAGGCGUGAGUGCGUCAAGUGAUCGUACGCGGUUCACGUAUGCGAAUGACAGUCGAAUUUGGUUGGGACACGUGCCGGAAGAACAAAAAGUUGAUGAAUUGAGGGCGCCGAGUGUUGCGAUAAACGUCAUUUUGCAUCAGCUGGUGAUCGAUGAGGAGACAAUUGGAUUGUGGAACUUUGCCAGCACGGAGGGAACGUGCAAGGGAGAGAUUAUUGGACCGUCGGAAGCAACGACAUUGGAUAAUGCAAGAGGAUUUAAUGGGCAUGGGUAUGUCGUGCUCAAGUCAAAUCCGAGGUAUUCGACGAAAGUUCAAUUUUCGCUGAAAAUGGUCUUUAGAACGCUCGAUGAGAACGCCUUGCUCUUCCUGGCAGUGGACGAAAAAUCGAAUGGUACACUGUCUCUCACACUCUACCAAGGUCGCAUCGUUUUCCGCGUCGAUUACGAGGAAGAUACAUGGCUCGAGCUCAACACAACGAAACGUUACAACACCGGCGAUUGGAUCACCGUCGACAUUGCGCGUCAUUUCCAAGACGAAUACGAAUACGGAUCCCUCGUUGUCGUUGGUCGUCCCGUUUCUCGUCUCCCCGUGCCCGAUUCCGAGAUGCGUUACGAAAAAUCCGGAUCUCCCAAUCGUCCCAUCAACUUCUCCAAGCUACCCUUCUUCCAGGGCACGAAUUACUACAUCGGCGGCGUUCCUCCUGGCUACAAUUUGAGCACCGUAAAGGCACGCGGCUCCGACAACGCCUUCCUCGGAUGCAUGAAAGACGUUCAAAUUGCCGGCGAAGCACGCGAAAUACUCGAGACGACAAAUCAUUACGGCGUAUCGCCGAGUUGCAGUCAAACAAUCACCAAAGGGGGCUUUUACGGCAACGGAUAUAUCGAAUUGCCGGCGCAUUCGUUGAAAAAACGCGCAAAUUUCGCCUUUGUGUUUAGGACGUUGCAACCAAACGCUUUAAUUGUUCUCGGAGCACAUCCACCGAAGCAUGAAACGAACGAAGAAACUCGCGUCGACACAAAAUCCCUGCCCGGAAACUUCUCCGUGAACUUGGUGAAUGGAAAAUUGAGAGUUAAAGUCAAUGCGGGACAGGGCCCGAUCGAGUUGACAUCCAAUAACAUGCUGAAUGACGGAAAAUUCCACGUAGUUUCUGUCUCGAAAACCGGCAGAAGGUUUGAAUUGCAAGUCAAUGAUGAACUUCAGAUGACACAAUCCUUCAAAGUCACGCCGUUCCUCGUAAAUUUGCCGGAAGAGAGCGAAGGAGGCUUAUUUGUGGGCGGAGCUCCAGCUUUGGACGA